UCAUGCAGCCCCAGACCUUGACACUCCCACCACCAUGCUUGACUGGACAUGGUUCCAGUAAUCUAUGACCUUAGUCUGCUUGUCUUCAGCAAGCUUUCUUGUCCAUUAUCUUUAGAAGAGGCUUCCUUCUGGGAUGACAGCCAUGCAGACCAAUUUGAUGCAGUGUGCGGCAUAUGGUUUGAGCACUGACAGGCUGACCCCCCACCCCUUCAACCUCUGCAGCAAUGCUGGCAGCUCUCGUACGUCUAUAUCCCAAAGACAACCUCUGGAUAUGAUGCUGAGCACGUGCACUCAACUUCUUUGGUCGACCAUGGCGAGGCCUGUUCUGAGUGGAACCUGUCCUGUUAAACCACUGUAUGGUCUUGGCCACCAUGCUGCAGCUCAGUUUCAAGGUCUUGGCAAUCUUAUUAUAGCCUAGGUCAUCUUUAUGUAGAGCAGCAAUUUUUUUUUCAGAUCCUCAGAGAGUUCUUUGCCAUGAGGUGCCAU